AACGCCAACCGAGAGGCAAUAAAUCUGUGAGAGAGAAAAGGUGGUAGGGAGGUUGGAAAAAAAUUUUUUUCACGGUCAAAACAGAGUAUCGCAGCGUUAACGCUAUUUUGGCGCGGUUUUUCGUCGCGAGAAGUUCGACAGCAUUUGCGUUCGCGAAAUUUCCCGCUGUAACGGGCUUUACGUGUAGUAAAUGCCGUCUUCGUUCAAGUCGUCAAACUCGAACUCGAAAUGGAAACUGCGUUUGGAUUAUCCAUGAGAUCAGCCAAAUAGACUCGUAUCGUCAACAUGUCUUGCCAAAUCGAAUCUGCUCAAAAUAGAAACGUCAGGCUCAAACGCAACAUACGUAAAGGGAGUAGCUCCCUGUUACCAUUUGUACGAUGGCUUCUCAAUUACUCGCAGAUGGACGUGAUUGCCGAUUUCAUCUCCGGUAUCACGAUCGGAUUAAUUAUUAUACCUCAGAGUGUAGCCUACGUAGCCAUUAUCGGCUUGUCGGCCAAAAUUGGUUUGAUGUCUUCCGUAGUCGGUGGUGUGAUAUACACGUUUUUAGGUACAGUGAAAGAAAUAUCGGUUGGGCCGAGUGCAAUGAUGGCAUUGUUAACUACUCAGUACAUAAGUACACCUAAUUUGUCAAUUGAUGAUGUUGGUCUUCUAAGUUUGGGCUGUGCUAUUGUUGGACUUAUACUCAGUAUUUUAAGAUUAGGUAUAGUUGUAGAGUUUAUAUCAAUUCCGGUAUCUUCGGCGUUUGGAUCAGCCGUCGCGAUGACAAUACUUGGAACUGAAAUGAAGAAUUUCCUGGGCUUGGAGUACAAAUCGAAGAAUUUUUACGACAGUAUUUUAAAUCUUACAAGUCACGCCAAAAAUACUAAACCGGGCGAUUUUUCUCUGGGCAUAAUCUGUAUAGUGAUCUUAAUAUUACUCGACAAAUUGCAAGAUUUACCAGUGAAGAAAACGUGGAAAUAUAGAACGGUGAUUAAGAAAAUAUUAUGGACGAUAGCGAUGAGUAGGAACGCAAUUACCAUUUUUUUAGCUUGUUUGUUGACCAAAUAUUUUGAAAAACAACACGGAACUGUGCCUUUUUUACUAUCAGAUCCUGUUGUUCCUGGUUUGCCGGAAUUACGUUCGCCUAUUUUCGAAACGAAACGAGGAAAUGUUACCAUUACACUUGAAGAUAAAAUUCGUACAUUAUCAACUGGCAUGAUAAUUAUUCCUGUUGUGGCGCUUUUGGUUCAUAUAUCGAUUGGGAAAUAUUUCGAUCCUGGAGCAAAUUUCGGCAUUAGUCACGAAUUGCUAUCUUUAUCAUUAAGCAAUUUCAUCUGUUGUAUGUUCAAUUCGUCUCCUGUCGCUGGAGCUUUCUCCAGAAGUGCUGUCAGUGCUACGUGUAAAGUUCGAACACCAAUUGCUAGCAUUUAUGGGACAAUAAUGACGUUCUUAGCUUUAACUUACCUCACUCCGUACUUCAGAUUGGUACCAAAGGCAUCAUUAUCGGCAGUCAUCAUAGCAGCAGUGGCCAUCGUAAUUGAUUACAAGAUACUCAUUCCUUUAUGGAAAAACUCCAAAAAAGAUCUCUUCAUCUUAGUGCUUACCUUAUCAACCGGACUGUAUCUAGGUAUCGAAAUUGGUUUAAUAAUCGGCGUCCUCACCAACCUAACUUUCCUCGUUUACGUUUGGGCCAGACCGACCAUCUCGAUCGAAAAAGUUAAGUGCGAAUAUGGAGAUUAUGUGGUCGUAACGCCGGAUUUGGGAUUAUUUUAUCCGGCCGUUAGUUAUUUUGAAACUCAUAUGGCGAGAAAUUUGAAGAAAGAACCGUAUCAGAAUUUACCGAUCGCUGUGAAUUGUUAUUUUUUCAAGGGAUUGGAUUACACGGCGAUUAAGGGUUUAAUACGAUUGGUGCACGCGUACAGAAAACAGAAACGAAAACUUAUAUUUUUCAACGUCAGCGAAAAAAUAUUCAGCAUGUGCGAAGAUAUCGAUAGCAGUGUUACAGCACAUUUCUGUGAUAACGAUGAAAACUACAAGUCUGCACUUUUCGAAGAUAAUAACGUCGAACCGGACGCAGCAACAGCGAAGAUGAGUAUGAUGAUAAAAGACAAUAUUAUAGAAAUGAAUGGAAAUUGCUCAAAGGACGUGAAGGAAACGCCUAUAAAAGAAGAAGUACCUCUUUUAAAUAUAAUUAAAAAACAAAACCGACCUAAUUCGUUGUAAACGUAAACUUUAUUUUUAAAAAAAUUACCUACAUAAGUGUUACUAACCUACCUUAUACACCAUGAUGCAGUACAAUUGCGUUGUCAUUAUGUUUUUAGUCGAAGUUUUAAUACUCUUAAAUGUACCUAGAUUUAGUGAUAUGCUGCAUUUUUGAUGCAGACAUUUAGAAGAGCUUUAUAUCUCUGUUUUUGUUUUCUAUAUUUUACUUACGUAAGUAAUGUUUUUAGUAUUAAUUUUUCCAUUUUUUUUCCUCUACUCCCAUUUUAAUAUUUUUCUUUAAUUUUUUUCGUUCUUCGAUUACCUAAUAUUUUUCCGUUUUGUUUUUUUUAUUACUGUCUUUCAUAGGUUUAAUAUAAUAUUGUAUCGUAUAAUUCUACCUUCAAUUUUAAACAUAGAUACAUUUUUAUUUUUAAUACUUUUUUUCUCGUUUUAAAAUUAUAGAUAUUUUCUUAUUACCGUUUUAUUCGUCGUCGUCGUCGUUGUCGUUGUUGUGUUGUAAUUAAAUGUGAGUUUUUGUGUAAUUCUAAUCGUAUAUAAGAUGUGUUAUGAUGUUGUCGAAUGGUGUGUCGAACAGGUACCUAAUUACCUAUAUUUAUCGGUACCUGAUUUUCGUAUAUUAUUGCAAUAAGUGUACCAAAAAACUCAAAAUGCUCUGCGCAGUUACCUUUUUAAAAAUUACCUAUUUUAUUUGACUUUUUUUUUUCUCUGUUGUAUGUAUGUACUAUUAAUGUAGGCUACGUAUAUAGCUGAAUUAAUUAUAGUUUAAGAAUGUU